AUGGAGGCGGAGCGACCAAGCCACGGCGCGGGGGAUGCGCGCGCGGAGGGGGAUGCGCGCGCGGAGGAGGGCGAGCUGUCGUAUUUGAAUCAGGCGGAAGCCAUCGCGGUAGACGAGGCGCUGUUCUCGAGCCUGGGGUUCAGCGUCGACCAACUCAUGGUGCGCGCAGGUGAUGGUGCGCGCACGCCCGCGCGCACGGUGAGCGAGAUUCCUUUUGAGUCACUCAAAAGCCAUCACGACCAGCUCAUGGAACUGGCAGGGCUAAGCUGUGCAUGCGCCAUCUACCAGGAGUACCCCCCAUCACGCUUCCCCUCAGUGCUGAUCAUAUGUGGCCCGGGCAACAACGGGGGGGACGGGCUCGUGGCAGCACGGCACCUCUUCCACUUCGGCUACCGCCCUGCUGUGUGCUACCCCAAGCGGACGCCCAAGCCGCUCUACCAGGGGCUUGUUACGCAGGUGGAGUCCCUGGGAGUGCCGUUCCUGUCGCCCGACCAGCUGCCGUCCCCCCUGCUGCCGUCCUUCCACCUCGUUGUGGAUGCCAUCUUCGGCUUCUCCUUCCAAGGCUCCCCCCGGCCUCCUUUUGACUCCAUCCUGGCCAGUCUCAUCGUGCCACCUGGCACCACAGCAGGGGCUGCAGGCAUCCCCCCUAUAGUGUCCAUCGAUAUCCCCUCAGGGUGGGAUGUGGAGCGGGGAGAUGCUGCUGGGACGGGUUUGAAGCCAGAUAUGCUGAUCUCCCUCACGGCUCCCAAGCGCUGUGCGCUCGCCUUCGUCGGCCGCCACCACUACCUGGGCGGCCGCUUCGCCCCGCCCGCCAUCCGCACGCGCUACAACCUGCGCCUGCCGCCCUUCCCCGCUGCGCAGCAGUGCGUGCGCCUGGCUGCACCCUCUGAGGCCACUGCCACACAUGCUGAUUCCCAGCCUGGUGACAGGGCAGGAGGGCCGGAGGCACAGGGAGGGGCUGGGGGGAGCAGGGGAGAUGGGAAUGGUGGUGGUGGUUCAGGUGGUAGUGGUGGUGGUGCUGCAGCGGCGGCGGCGGGGGUUGAUGUGGCGUCGCUGCGCAGGGAGUACUCGGGGAGGGCUCUUCUGGAGAAGGACGUUCUGCCCGAUCCUAUUGAUCAGUUUCAAGCAUGGUUCAAGGAGGCACUAGCAGCCAGUGUGCCCGAGGUCAAUGCCAUGACCCUCUGCACCGUGGACGAUGCUGGCACACCCUCAGCGCGCAUUGUGCUGCUUAAAGGGGCGGACCCGGCCGGCUUUGUCUUCUUCACAAACUACAGAAGCCGCAAGGGGCAGGAGCUUCUGGGCCAGCCUGGCGUGCCGCCCCCUCAGGCCGCACUUGUCUUCUACUGGGAGUCACUGCACCGACAGGUGCGAGUGGAGGGGGAGGUGGAGAAGAUACCUGAUGCUGAGUCCGAUGCUUACUUUCACUCGCGGCCGCGGGGUAGUCAGAUUGGCGCGCUUGCCAGUGAGCAGAGUGCGGUGAUUGCCAGCCGAGAAGAGCUGGAGGCAGCAUAUGCUGCACUGCAGAAACAGUAUGGCGACAGCUCACCCAUCCCCCGGCCAGAGCACUGGGGUGGGUUCAGAGUGGUUCCGCGUGCCAUGGAGUUCUGGCAGGGCAGGGAGUCCCGCCUGCAUGACAGGCUGCGCUACAAGAAAGAUGUGCAUGGCAAGUGGGUGGUAGAGAGACUGGCUCCCUAG